UCAGGGACACCAAAAGACGAAUCUGUCCACCAGCUGCAGGACCAUCAUUGAGCCUCCUGAACAACAGCCUUCAUCCUCCACCAGACGUGCAGGAGCUUUGUCAGCUGAUUGGCUCCCUACAACAUGCUCCGCCCCCUGCUCAUCCUGACAGUUCUCAGCUUGCUGACAGCAGGUGAUUCCCAAAGUGUCGACCCCUGUUAUAGCUACACUGUUCUGAAUGAUGAGUGGCGUUCAGUAAAUAACACAAAUGCUUUAGACCAACACUGUGAUGCGUAUAUUAACUGGCAAGGCUGGUAUCGCCUGUUUCUGGGGAAUUCCAAUGCUCGUAUUCCUGAGAGGUGUAUAGAGCCAUACAGGUGUGGAACCCAGGCCCCUCUGUGGAUAACAGAACCUCAUCCCACUCAGCCAGGUGAAACUGUAACUGUCAACGUGUGUGAUAGCUGGUCUGGACGCUGCUGCUACUUUUCUCCACAAUCUAUCCAAGUCAAACUCUGCUAUGGAGGCUACUAUGUCUACAAAUUGCGUACGACUGUUGCGUGCAACGUUGUAUAUUGUACAGAAAAUUAUACACCUGUAGUGCCCAACGUGGUGGACUCUAUCUGCACUGUGACCGGCCCAACCAUCAUCGAUGUCCACGGCCAGAUAGACUCCAUCCAGGAUCGGUGUGCGUACUCUCUGUUCUCGACUCCGUCACUCCCAGAUUUCCAUGUUCUGGGGAACUUUGAGGACCGGCGUCGUACAGAUGUGAGCUUUUUGGACAGUGUGACGCUGAGUCUGGAUGGGCAUUACAUUCACCUGGAACAAGGUGGGAGAGUUCAGCUGGACGACUCCACGCUGACCCUCAGCAGCUCACCUCAGCUGGUUCACGGUGUGCAGCUCUCUAAGGACCAAACUGGAGUCACUGCCAAGCUGUCGCUCUCCAACCUCAUCAUCUCUGUCUUCUUUGAUGGCGACACCGCACAGAUCCGCUUAGAAGGACCUGCUGGUUCAUCUGUGGAGGGUCUGUGUGGAAACUCCAGCAGGUCUCUGAGUGACCUGAGGCUCCCUGAGUACAGCUCCACCAGCUGUGAGAUGCAGUACAGUGAGCCUGCUGACAGCACGAUCAACUGCACCAGUGUGACUGAACGCUGUAAUCUCCUGAAGGAGGCGCCCUUCUCCUCCUGUAACAGUGACAUUGACCCAGAGCCCUACAUAACCGCCUGCACCGACACUUUGUGUAAAUAUCCUGCAGUGGACGGACUCAACUGUCAGUUCCUGAAGGCCUACGCCAGAGCCUGCAGUCUACACAACCACACUCUGGAUGGCUGGACUUUAAAGACUGGCUGCUCCUCUGAGGCCUUCUGUCAGGACAGGAUCUGCAGCGAUCACGAGUUCUGUGGUGAGAAGACGGUCGGUGCUGACACUCGCUGCUUCUGUCGGGCCAUUUUUGCCUCAAAGUACCAAGCAAACAACUCUUUGGGUGAUCCAACGGUCUGCAUGCAGAACUCUGCUUCAGUCACUCUGGUCGGUUGUCUCCUGGAGGACAAAGACAUCGACUACUCUGCCUUACACCUCAACGACCCGACCUGCAGGGGUCAGGUGGACGAGCUCACCCACAUGGUGACCUUCAGCUUCAACAGCAGCAACAACUGUGGGACGGAGGUCACGACCGACAACAGCCAAGUGAUCUACAAAAACACCAUCAUGACCCAGAACAGCUCCUCUGACAUCAUCACUCGUCACGACCAAAUCUACAUCGACUUCUCCUGCGUCCAAACUCAGCCGGACAUCAAGACUGAGACCUUCAGGAUCAGAGACAGCUCUGUGAUCCAGCACCUCACAUCUGGAGUUUGGGAUUACACUCUGACCAUGCAGAGCUUCACCGACGCCGGCCGCACACAAGCUGUGGAGUCCAGCACUGAAGUGCAGCUGAACCAGAAGAUCUGGGUGGAGCUGAAGACUGACGGGCUGGAUGGAGACAUGGUCGUCGUGGUGACCGACUCCUGCUGGGCAACAGACCAGCCAUCACCCGACAGCACUCCGAGAUACGACCUGAUCAUAAACGGCUGUGCCAACCCUGCUGACCAGACUGUGCAGGUGGAGGAAAACGGACUGGGAACCUCCAACUACUUCUCCUUCAACAUGUUCCAGUUCACUGGGGGCUCUGGUGACGUCUACCUGCACUGCAAACUCCACCUGUGCCCCAAACAGAACAACUGUGUCCCGACUUGUCCUGGAGCUGCUCGCAGACGCAGAUCUGCCAGGUCCAGAUAUGAAGGUGAAGCCUUCAUCAGCAUGGCCUGGACUCAUUAGGUGGUUUCCAUGGUGACUCGGACUGACUGACAGGCUGACGACUUUAGUGAUGAUCCUUGACUUCUGAUUGGUCCUGAUCCAGAUCCUGAAUGUGUGACAGGUUGAGCUCAGUGUUGCUGUGAAGCCCCAAGAUGGAAUACCCAGAUGUUGUAGUGAAAGCUUUAUGGAGAAAGAACCAAACUGUAGUCUAUGAAAGAUGAUGACUCUACAUCUCAUAUUUACUCAGAUUUAUUGGAAUCCUGGUGAUGGGAAGAGUGUCUGUUUUUGAUAUAUAACCAGAUGUAUAUAUGUAGUACAUCAACAAUCCUUAAACAAUUGCAAGUAAAGCAAGGUGCACCUUACGACGUCCCAGGAGGCCUUGAGAUUUGUAGGCUGUCGAAUGUUGGGUUAGUCAACACAAACAACUUGUUUGACUUGUUACAUCCUAAACACAACCACAUCUGUGUUCACAGGUCUCAUACAUCCACAAGCAGUAAAGCCUUCAACCACAGAAGGACCUUUUAUUUUUUGAGUUGGUAUACUUAAGAUUUGUUGGGCAUAAAGAUGUCAAAUUAUCCAGCAUUGGAAAGGAAAAUGAAAGGAUUGGAGGAGAUUUUGAGAAAACAUAUAGUUUGUGGGCAAUAAUUGCUUCGUAGGAAAUUGAAAAUCAGUUUUCAGCAGGGUGAAUCAUUGUUAGGGGAGUAGUAUAAUUUGUUAACCUAGCUGCCUUUUUGUUUUGAUUUGAUUGUGUGUGGGUCGAGUUCUGAUUUUUGCCUUUAAGUAAUCAUUAAAUUCAUCUAAAUAUAUGAGAAUGCAAAAGGGUAUAAAGGUGUGAGUGUCUCUAAAAUUCUGAUGUAAUAUCACUGGACACAUCACAAAAUGGCACUGUAGUAUCCAACAACAUCAACACUCACCUGAAUCUGAGACCACAGCACAACUUUGAAAUGCCUGCAUAUAUUAUAAGGGUUUUUUUUUUUUGUGUUGCGCUAGUUACAGUUUUGCUGACGAGCUGCUCUGCCUCCCUCAUUGCCUUAUUGUUUGUUCCAAUAGACAAAAAUAAAUACAUAACGGAUGAGA